UUUAUCAGUCCAAGGACAUCAUCCGCCUGGAAAGGGGGGGAAGUUUGAUCCUCUUUCUCACGGAUCGCAGUCAACGGGAGUUUUUUUUUUCUCCCGGCUCUGUGUUCGCAGAGGAUUUUCCCCGUUUGGCUUGUGUGUUUUUUUUUAUUUUUCAUUUUAUGAUUUUUCUUUCCUGAGACGUGGUAAAUCUCAGCGCGGUGCCUGCAGCGUGCGCGCUCCGCUAAACUGGAUUUUAAUUUUGUUUUCUUCCCCGUCUCCUAAGUUUGCUUCAAGCUCAUGACUAUGUUGCUUGAUAGCGGUCCGCAGUUUGCAUCGUUAGGAGUGGGGGGCUUCGGGACACCACGGCACCACGACAUCGGUAACAGAGACCCGGGUCUGGGACUGAAUCCGUUCGCUGAUUCCUCGCACUCCGCGGCUUUCAAAAUCAGCCCCGUGGCGCACGACAUCGCCUCCAGCCAGACUUCAGCUUUCACCCCGCAAGCCUCCGGUUAUGCAGCCGCCCUGGGACACUCACACGGCGGGCAGGUGGGUUCCUACGGAGGGGGAGCGUUCAAUUCAACACGGGACUUUCUUUUCCGGAACCGGGGCGUUGGAGAGUCCACAGCGCCGAGCGCGCAGCAUGGGAUCUUUGCCGCUUCGGCGGGGAGCCUGCACGGGCCGCCCGGGAUCCCCGACAACCCCGGGCAUCUGUUGUUUCCAGGACUCCACGACCAGGGGGUGAGCCACGCUUCACCGAGUGGACAUGUAGUCAACAGCCAAAUGCAUCUUGGCUUACGCGGGGACAUUUUCGGAAGACCCGAUCCUUAUCGUCCGGUCGCAAGCCCUCGCACGGACCCCUACGGAGCUCAGCUCCACAACUACAACCACCCCAUCAACAUGAACAUGGGAAUGAAUGUGCCCACGCACCACGGUCACGCAGGGGCCUUCUUCAGAUACAUGAGGCAGCCGAUUAAACAAGAAUUAUCCUGCAAAUGGAUAGACGAGAACCAGAUGAACAGACCCAAAAAGACUUGCGACAGGACUUUCAGCACCAUGCACGAGAUGGUCACUCAUGUGUCCAUGGAGCACGUCGGUGGCCCCGAGCAGACCAGCCACAUUUGCUUCUGGGAGGACUGUCCGAGAGAAGGGAAAUCUUUUAAGGCCAAGUACAAACUCGUCAACCACAUCCGAGUGCACACGGGCGAGAAACCCUUCCCGUGCCCGUUCCCCGGAUGUGGGAAAAUAUUCGCCAGAUCGGAAAAUUUGAAAAUCCACAAAAGAACGCAUACAGGUGAGAAGCCGUUUAAGUGUGAAUUUGACGGCUGUGACAGACGCUUCGCCAACAGCAGCGACAGGAAAAAGCACAUGCAUGUGCACACAUCAGACAAGCCAUACAUCUGCAAAGUGUGCGACAAGUCAUACACACACCCCAGCUCUCUCAGGAAACACAUGAAGGUACAUGAGUCUCAAGGAUCUGAAUCGUCCCCAGCAGCAAGCUCUGGAUACGAGUCGUCCACACCGCCAGUGCUGGUCUCAGCCGGCAGUGAAGACCCGACAAAAACACCACCAUCAGCCGUGCAAAACACGUCUGGCCACAGCGAAGGACUGGCACCCAACUUCAAUGAAUGGUACGUUUGAAGCCACAG